AUGCCACAUAAACAGCGAGUGAAUCAGCACCCUUUGCCUGAUCUCGAUCCAAGCGCUCGUCUUUCUCAUUCGUAUUUUCCUUGUCUCGUCCCAAACACCAUCAAUUGUAUAAUGUUUCCUCACAUUCCUAGUAAUCGCGUCUCGACCGGCGGCUCUUCCAGUUCUUACUCGAGAAGCGAUGCAGCCUCCACCCCCACCCCUCACCCUGGCGGCCAUCUUGAUCAGCGCGGUAAUGAUUGCACAAUGUCGGGAACAACGGCAAUCUCUGGCUUGUCUUCACGGACCGCGGUCGAAAAUGACCAGGAAAACACAAAAACGUCUUUCUCCCGCUGCGCUCGAGAUUCAAAGCAUUCACAACAUGAACUAACACCUGUAUACCCAAAUGAGCGACCCACUUUGAUGACCACCCAGGUCUCUUCUACAUCAAUCCCAACAAGCAAAUGGCGCACUCCUUGGGCUCACUAUCUUAACCGCUCCAAAAAAAAUCACUCAUCGCAAGGAAGCCAAUCUCAAGUUCACCAUGACCCAAGCACCCAAGCAAGGCUGGAGUUUUUAGGUUACAGACAGGAGCUACACCGCACUUGGGAUUUCUGGUCCCUAUCUUCAUUGGCUUUUUGUAACGUCACCGUCCUACAAGGAGCAUUUGGAUCUGUUUCGUUGUCAUAUGCGUUCUCUGGGCCGAUAAUGUACACUGUUGGGAUGUUGGUGACUGCGACCUUAAUGGUUUGUCUCAAUGCGGUUUUUGGAGAGAUGGCAUCAGCCUUCCCCAUUUCUGGUGCCAUGUUUUCUUGGACCUUCAAGCUGGCUAGGUCCCACCCUCAUCUGCGUGAUUGGGCCAGAAUCAUUAGUUGGGUUGUUGGAUUUUUGCUCUCUACGGUACAUUUGAUGCUUCAAUUUGAUAUCGGAUACCAGUUUACGAGAGUCUUCACUACAGUCGUUACAGCAUCGGGUGUGGAUUGGAACGUCACUCACAACGUACAGUCUUUGGUUGUGCUAUGUUUUAUAGGCAUCACGGGUUUAGUAUCAUGCGCCGCUUUUUCGCGUUCACCCCUAUUUUGGAAGAUCGGUGGACUCUUCACCGUCAUCGCUCAGAUCUCGGUGUGCAUCGCUCUACUACUUACUUCCAAGAAGCAGAGGAGUUUCGCCAGUCUUUUCACUACAACCAAAAGCAAAUAUAACUCCCCAAGCGAAGGAUGGAAUCUGCUUCACGGUUGGAGCGGGGUGACAUUUGUUGCUGGCUCCGAGAGUGUUGCACACCUGACAGAAGAAACGAAAGACGCAGCAAAAACUGCCCCAAAAGCUAUGUUAUACAGCGCUAUCUUUACUGGGUUGAUGCAAGUCCUGUGCUGCACUUGUAUUGGAAUGGCCAUCACUCCCAUGCCUCACAAAGCGACUGGACUUGGAAUCAUCGAUGCCGUCUUCGCGCACUGUCCCAAGCCGGUGGCUCAGUUUGUUACGAUCUCGAUAGUAUUAACCUCUCUUCUUGCCAACGUAUCUCAGUUUUUCGCCACUAGUCGUUUCUUCUGGGCGCUGGCGCGUGACAAGGCCAUACCCAUGGGCAAGAUGUGGAGAAAAGUAACUUCUGACCGGCGACCUUUGCGAGCGACCUUCCUGAUGAUUGGAUUAAGCAUGCUUUUCAGCUUAGUCUCCUUUGAUCCAACCAGUGCGUCGCUUAGAAUUUUUGGCCCAUCGUGUACUAUGAUGCUCCUGAUAUGCUACUUGACGCCAUUGCUCAUACGUGUCAUCUCACCGAAGGAUGUGUAUGAUCGGGACGGUAGUAACAUAUGGACGUUGGGACGUUACAGUAAAUCGAUGACAUGGAUCUCGAUUAUCUUUUUAACUUUACUACUAGUGACCUUAUCCGGGCCAACCGGAUACCCCAUCGAUACCAAAACCUUCCCAUAUGCACCAUUUUGCCUAGUCGCCACAAUCCUAAUUUCUGUCUUCUUCUGGUUCGUAUACGGGAGAUCACACUAUGCCGGCCCGAUCAAAUCUCUUACCACCUGGACGUUGGGUUAUGAAGUUGAAAUACCUAAACAACUACCGAACAUACCGGUCCGCCAGGAAAAAGUGGACAACUUUGAUCUUCCCAGAACACGAGAUUGUACCACCAAUGGAAGAAGCUUAGCAAACAUGACGACCCACCAGCGUACCGAGUUGGACCUUCCUCAAGCCUAUUGCACCUAUGACUCAACUGGUAGCCUGUGGUCGGCUACAGAGAGUCAACUUCCUAAUCACUCAUUCUUUCACGAAUGAUCCGGUUUUAGAAUUCAGAGCUCCUCUAGUUAGAACUCGCUAUUUCUAUUUAUCUGAAUCUUGAAAGUCCUCGAGAGAGUUUUUGAUUCUCAUAUAAAAAAUAAGGGAGAUGAUGAUGAUUGUAUUGGCACUAAAUUUCGCUUCUCGUGGACAUGUUCAUGUUCCUAUCUGUGAUAUAUUAUCAAGCUAUCCCUGUUUUCAUACUCAACAAGGCUAAUUUUUCCUCCAGUUAGUAUAGAAUAGAACUUUGGUCAGAUUGUACAACUUCUUCUGAAAAUGACUGUUUUCUCAACUGUGUGCGUAUUGUGACUGGCACACGUAGACGCAAUCAACUGUUUCCCAAAGUCAAAGUCUUGAGACCUCAUCUAUGGCCGAGAAGCCCUGUGUGUUUUC